AUGGAAAUCCAAGGCUUCACCUCUGUAAUUGUCACACUAUGCCUUCUUCACGCCACUAGCAACGUCCAUUCAGCCGUGUUCACCAUAAAAAACAACUGCCCCUACACAAUCUGGCCCGCAACCCUGACCGGCUCGGGCUCGCAAUCCCAAACCGGCUUCGAGCUACCAUCACAGGCCACGAAAUCCCUCGACAUUGCUUCCCCAUGGUCUGGAAGGUUCUGGGCCCGGUUCGAAUGCUCGUACGGGGACAAGUUCACCUGCCUUAGCGCGGAUUGCGGGUCGGGGCAGGUCGAGUGCAGCCAGGCUGGUGCUGCCCCACCAGCCUCUCUCGUCGAGUUCACGCUUGGUGGGGACGGCGGGAAAGACUUUUACGACAUCAGCUUGGUCGACGGGUACAAUCUGCCCGUCUCGGUCAGCGGAGCAAACUGCCCGACCGUGGCAUGCCCGGUCGACAUCAGCAACAACGGCUGCCCCGACGAACUUGCGGUCAGGGACCCGAGUGGCGGAGCAAUUGGGUGUAAGAGCGCGUGUUUGGCCUUCAAUCAGCCGCAGUAUUGCUGCACAGGGGAUUACGGGACGCCCGACAAGUGCCCGCCCACGUUUUAUUCCAUGAUUUUCAAGAGCAUGUGCCCGCAGGCUUACAGCUACGCGUACGACGACAAGACGAGCACGUUUACCUGCCCGACGGGCGGAGAUUAUCUUAUUACGUUCUGCCCUUAG